CUCUUUAAUAAAAAAUUUCUGUGGUUGUUUUGUAUGUAUUCUUGGUUAUAUGAUUUAAGCAUCCACCGUGGUUGAUAAACUAAAAGUUUUCAUGCUGAUAACAUUCUGGUGAAUCUCUAAGUCUUAAAUACCUUUCUGAUCAUAGUAAAAAGCAAAACUAAAGGGUUGAAAUGGAGGUUAACGUGGAUUCUCUCGGUAGCCUUGAACUAAUGGAUCGCUGUUGCUGGUGGAUCUCAAAAGAGCUACGAAAAGGGUGCAAAAUAAAGAGGAUGGAAUGAAGGUUGAGGAGACGGGGAAGGUUAAUAAUGAGAAUGACUUGAAAGCUACGUUUAAGGAGAUGCUUAUGAGCAAUACAAAGAAAGCUGAUGUUGAAGAGGGUCGGGUUGAGAAUGGUGAGAUUUCUCUCCUAGAAGAUGAUGUUAGGAUCUCAAUGGAGGGGCAAUAUCCUGAAAUAAGUUUCUCUAAACGUGUUCAUGAGUUGAUUGAUAGAAGCAUGAGUCAGACAAUUAUUGCCUGGCUGCUUGGGCGCUCUAUCGGUUAUGGAGCACUUGUUAAUUGUAUCAAGAACAUGUGGGAAAUAUCAGGUGGACCACGGAUGAUUUAUGAUCCUUACCUAGUUGUGCAACCUUAGAGUAGGGAUUUUAUGACCAAGGAAACCCAUGCAUCAAAGAUCGUUGCUUGGAUACAUUUACCAGGAUUGUCAUACCGCUACUACACUAAACAGGCAAUGAGGGCUAUUGCUUCAGUUAUUGGGGAAGUGGUUAAGGUGGAUUUUAAUAAUACGAUAGAGGAAGGGGUUGGUUUGCAAGAGUGGUUGUGAUAGUUGAUCUGAAGAAACUGUUCAUCCCUUGUGUUCGUAUUGAUGGGAUCCUUCAGAGGAUUGAGUAUGAGGGGUUACUAACGAUUUGAAGUGUGGGCACUUUGGGCAUACACAAGAUAGUUGUGAG